CUGGUGUCGGCGAACAGCCUCAGGUAUGAGCGCUGUGCCUCCUCACCCCGUCCAGCAGGGGGCGGCGGCGCUGUCACUGCUGCUCCAUUGCCCAAGUGAAGAAAAGCACUUCCGCUAUUCUGUGUCGUUACAGACGGCUUCUGGCUUUAGCGAGAUAGUCAAGAUGGCAGGCAGACGUGUAGCCCUAAAGGCCAUUGACUGGUUGGCAUUUGCAGAGCGUGUUCCACCCAACCAGAAGAGCAUGUUUAACUCACUGAAGACUCGCAGUGAUGCCAUCUCUGCUAAACUAGCUUCCCUGCCAGAGACUCCUGCAGCUAUUGACUGGAAUUACUACAGGAGUGCAGUGGCCAAACAAGGCAUGGUUGAUGAUUUUGAGAACAAGUUCAAAGCCCUGAAGAUCCCUCAGCCUGUUGACACAGAGACAAGUGCCAUCAAUGCACAGGAGGCUGAAGCUAACGCGAGUGCCUCAGCCUACAUUAAGGAAUCACUUGCACGCGUUGCUCAAUAUGAGCAAGAGUUGAACAACUUAAACAACAUGAUCCCCUUCGAUCAAAUGACCAUCGAGGAUCUGAACAACGCGUUCCCUGAGACCAAAUUGGACAUGGUCAAAAAUCCAUACUGGCCCCACAAGCCCAUUUCUGAACUGUAAACCUAUUACUGGAUACCCACCUCACAAUAAAGAUUAUGUAUUUUAAAAAGA